CCUAACCUUUUCCAUAGGCCGAAACUACAGCCUGUGACUCCGCCCAGUCCUUCACGGUGUCCUCUCUUCUUAAAGGAACCUCAGGGUGCACUUUCAACCUUUACCUGUUCACAUACCUUAUCGAGGAUCCUUUUGCAUUGUGGGUAAUGUAGUAAAGCUCAGGUGUGCUGUUGGGCGCAUGUUUACUGGAUGUUGCAGUGCUUCACAGUGAAACGCUGCUGUUUCUCUGGUGAUCUUGAAUGGCAGACGUCUGAUUUGGCGUGAUGAUGUGAUCAUAGUAAGAUGGGCUCUUUGCUGUCUGCGUGUGGUUUAAAAAAGAAAAAGAAAGCUGAAGAGGAGAGGCACUUGCGAGCUAAUGACAGGGAGUUCAAUUUCUCUUUUCAAUAUGCGAAUAAUGCCAUUAAGACCUCGAAGUACAACAUCUUCACGUUCCUCCCUCUUAACCUGUUUGAGCAGUUUCAGAGGCUGGCAAAUGCAUACUUUGUCUUUCUUCUUAUGUUACAGCUGAUCCCACAGAUCUCCUCUCUGUCGUGGUUCACUACUGUAGUUCCUCUGCUGCUGGUGUUGUCUAUAACUCUAGCUAAAGAUCUCUCCGAUGACAUAACCCGACACAAGAACGAUAAACAUGUCAACAAUCGAGAGGUGGAAGUGCUCAUUGAUGGAGAGGUGAAGAAAGAAAAAUGGAUGAAUGUUCAAGUGGGUGACAUUGUCAAGCUGGAGAACAAUGAGUUUGUCACAGCUGAUCUGUUGCUGCUGUCUAGUAGUGAACCUCUGAACCUCGUCUACAUCGAGACAGCUGAGCUGGAUGGGGAAACCAAUCUGAAGGUGAAACAAGCAUUGACAGUCACAGGAGACCUGGGCAAUGACAUCCAGAGACUUGCAGCUUUCAAAGGUGAGGUGCACUGUGAGGCUCCAAACAAUCGUCUGGAUCGGUUCACAGGAACUCUGACGGUCAGUGGAGAGACAAUGGCUUUAGAUAAUGAGAGGAUUCUGCUCAGAGGAUGUACACUCAGAAACACAGAGUGGUGCUUUGGUCUGGUGGUGUUUGGAGGUCCCGACACAAAGCUCAUGCAGAACUCUGGCAAGACCGUCUUCAAGAGAACCAGCAUUGAUCGGCUCAUGAAUGUUCUGGUUAUGUUUAUCUUUGGUUUCUUGGCCUUCAUGUGCACCAUCUUGUCCAUUGGGAAUGCGAUUUGGGAAUACCAGGAAGGGGAUUCUUUCAUUGCCUUCCUUCCUCGUCCUGAUGGAGCGAAUGCAUCCCUCUCUGCUUUUCUGACGUUCUGGUCUUAUGUUAUUAUCCUCAACACUGUGGUGCCAAUCUCACUUUAUGUCAGUGUCGAAAUCCUUCGUCUGGGAAACAGUUAUUUCAUUGACUGGGAUCGUAAAAUGUACCAUGUGAAGAGUAACACACCAGCCCAGGCCAGGACAACCACUCUGAAUGAGGAGCUGGGUCAGAUCAAAUAUAUCUUCUCUGAUAAGACGGGAACCUUGACACAGAACAUCAUGACUUUUAACCGUUGCUCCAUCAAUGGGAAGUCUUAUGGUGACGUUGUGGAUUUUGCCGGGCAGAGGGUUGAGAUCACUGAGAAAACAGAAAAAGUAGACUUCUCCUGGAACCCACUGGCUGACCCAAAGUUCAGUUUUUAUGACCAUCAGCUGGUGGAAGCAGUGAAGCUGGGCUCUCCAGCGGUGCAGGACUUCUUCCGUCUGCUGGCCCUCUGUCACACUGUGAUGCCGGAGGAGAAAACAGAAGGGGAGCUGUAUUAUCAGGCUCAGUCUCCAGAUGAAGGGGCUCUCGUCACCGCAGCCAGAAAUUUUGGCUUUGUAUUUCGCUCCCGUACCCCAGAGACCAUCUCUGUGGUGGAGAUGGGAGUCCCCAAAACUUACGAGCUACUGGCAGUGCUGGACUUCAACAACGUCCGCAAGAGAAUGUCUGUUAUCGUACGCAAUCCCGAGGGAAGACUAAUUUUGUAUUGUAAGGGUGCUGAUACGAUGAUCUAUGAGAGACUGCAUCCAUCCUGCUCUAAAAUCAUGGAUGUCACCACAGAACAUCUUAAUGAAUAUGCUGGUGAAGGUUUGAGGACGUUGGCUCUGGCUUGUAAAGACCUGGAUGAAGACAAGUUUGCAGAAUGGAAACAGCGCCACCAUGUGGCCAGCACUGCAAUGGAUGACCGUGAGGCAAAACUGGAUGCCAUUUAUGAAGAGAUUGAAAAGGAUUUGCAACUCCUUGGUGCUUCUGCAGUCGAGGAUAAACUUCAAGAUGGAGUCCCUCAGACAAUUGAGCAACUCGCCCAAGCUGACAUCAAAAUCUGGGUUUUGACUGGUGACAAACAGGAAACGGCUGAGAACAUUGGUUAUUCCUGUAAUAUGCUCAGAGAAGAAAUGAAAGAUAUCUUUAUAGUGGCCGCCAACACAGCAGCUGAAGUGCGGACAGAGCUUGUGAAUGCCCGAAGAAAGAUGUCCCCAGAGUCAGGAGAUGAACCACCUAUUAUGAAGAGCAGACUUCUGGGGAAAACAUCUCAAGUGGUGGAGGAUGAGAAGGUUGAAGGGGAGUAUGGACUGGUAAUAAACGGCCACAGUCUGGCGUUUGCUCUGCAGAAGGACAUGCAGCUGGAGCUCUUGAGGACCGCGUGCAUGUGCCAGACAGUGAUCUGUUGCAGGGUCACACCUCUCCAGAAAGCUCAAGUUGUGGAACUUGUCAAGAAGCACAAAAACGCAGUGACGUUGGCUAUUGGAGACGGAGCCAAUGAUGUCAGUAUGAUCAAAACUGCACAUAUCGGUGUUGGUAUAAGUGGUCAGGAAGGCAUGCAGGCAGUUCUAUCCAGCGAUUUCUCCUUUGCUCAGUUCCGUUACCUCCAGCGACUCCUGCUCGUCCACGGUCGAUGGUCUUACCUACGCAUGUGCAAGUUCCUUCGCUACUUCUUCUACAAGAACUUCACCUUCACAUUUGUGCACUUCUGGUAUGGCUUCUUCUGCGGCUUCUCUGCACAGACGGUGUAUGACGAGUGGUUUAUUACGCUCUACAACCUGGUGUAUACGGCUUUACCUGUGAUUGCCCUUAGUAUAUUUGAUCAAGAUGUGAAUGACCGCUGGAGUUUCCAGUACCCUCAGCUGUACUCACCGGGUCAGCUGAACCAGUAUUUCAGUAAAAUGGCCUUUGUGAGGAUUCUGCUGCACAGCUGCUACAGUUCGCUCAUACUGUUCUUCAUCCCAUGGGCUGCAAUGAACGACACGGUCAGAGAUGACGGCAAAGAAAUUGCAGAUUAUCAGUCCUUCGCCCUACUGGCGCAAACAUGCCUGCUUAUAGCCGUCAAUGUGCAGCUGGGUUUGGACACGUGUUAUUGGACGGCGGUGAAUCAGUUCUUCUUGUGGGGGAGUCUGUCUGUGUAUUUUGCUGUUACUUUUACCAUGUACAGCAACGGCAUGUACCUCAUCUUCACCUCAUCUUUCCCUUUCAUUGGCGCUGCGAGAAACUCUCUAAGUCAGCCGAAUGUGUGGCUGACCAUCUUCUUGACCACUAUCUUGUGUUCCUUGCCUGUGGUGGCACAACGGUUCCUCUUCAUACAACUUAAACCGACCAUCAAUGACAAGGUGCGUCAUAAGGUUAGACAAUCCAAAGCCAUGCCCCUGCCUCCACCUCGUCGCUUCCCACGGCGACGGAUCAGCACACGUCGUUCUGGUUACGCCUUCUCACACGCUCGCGGUUACGGCGACCUUGUCACGUCUGGAGGAUUCUUGCGUAUACCGAUCAAGACCAGACCAACCAUUUUCCCCCGUUCAGAGACCCCCGUGGCUGACAGCACACCCCAGACAUAUCGAGCCAUCUACCAAGAGAGUGCAAGCUCCUAAACUAAGGAGCUCAUGUAGAACACUUUUGAUUAUUUACCAUCAAGCCUGGAUUUCAUAUCUGACAUUGGUAGGAUGUUAUUGACAGGGUAUUUCAGGUAAUAUUUAAAGAAUACAGGGGAAUUAAAAAAAACUUCACUUUAAAGUGUACAGUAUGACUGUGGUGCAGUGAAGCUUUAAAUCUAUCAGAAUGUGUAUUACAGGUAGAAAUGUGAUUAAUUUUUAUUAAAACUUACGAGGUUACUUGAAGAUUUCAAACACCCACACAUGUACACACAAAACAUUUUCUCUUUCAUUUUGUAUACAGUACGAAAACUCUACCAAAAUAAGUCCAGAGAUGCUAUGAGAUUAUUGAGGUCUAUACAAGCCUUUAAUUUGUCUGUAAACAAUUUUCGAAGAUGUUUUUUCUCAGUUUUUUUCUUUGUGUGUAUUUGUGUAAUUAUAAUUAAAAUAGUCAUAAAUGA